AUGCCAAAAUUUCAAAGUGCUGGCUGUCCUAUUGUACUGUCUACUCGAUCUGUACUUAUGCCCACUUAUCCCUCCGAUUUCACCAUCAAAGAGCCAUUAUGCCGGCGAAGAUGGGAUCUCGCUCCAGACACUAUCAUGAAAAAGUUCACGGAACGGACUGGCUUCGUGACUUCCAUAGCUUUGUCUGACGUGACGCUUAUCGAAGCUGCAGGAAACGUUUUCCUACGCUUUUGCAGCAAAGGUCUGUUAAACGUCAUCGUGACAUAUUAUCCUAGGCCUCAACCGGAGGAACAGGAUUCAGAAUCGAAGAAUGAAGACCUGAGCUUGAGCAAAAAACAAAUUGAGGCCAGCGCACAAAGGAUUGCAAAACUCAUUCGCGAUGGUGACACUUUCGUUUCAAACAUUCGGGUGGCCUGCGACGCCAGGGAAAAUAUGCGGAGAACGGAGGAAGAUGAACUGAAUGCGAGGAGAAUUGAGAAACUGGAGUCUGACGCAACUACUGGAUUAGACGCAUUCAACAAGAUCACAGAAAAAUGGGAUGCUGUUAAAACCGGCGAGCUUCCACAAGAAAUCCGCGAGAUGCUUGUAGAACAAAAGAGACAGUGCACUGAACUCAUCAAUGAGAAGAACAAACUUAUUAACGAGCUCAACCUGGAACUGAAAGCUAAGGACGAUCACUACGUUCGGGAGCUCCGGAAACGAACAGAAGACGUGGAACUAUUGACUGAACGAAUGGAGACGCAGAUACAAUCGAUGCAAAAGACUUACAGGGAAGAGUUGAUCGCAAUCGAAGAAUCCCUGAACGCACAGAAGGACAAGUUGGUUGCUGACCAGAACGCCGAAUGGGAAGAACUGAUGUCUGAAAUUAAGCAGAAGCAGAUAAAUUAUUUGGAAACCCACUUUCAUCUCGUAGAAGUAUUCGAUAGUGAACUCAGUAAACUUCGAAACAAACAUUCCGAAGAGUACAACGAACUGAAGAAUUCGCUCGAAUCCGAAGUUGAGUCCCUCGAAGCUCAACUUAGACAACUCAAAGUUACCUAUCAGCACAAUCUCGAAAAGCUGGAGUACAACUUCCAAGUUCUCAAACGACGUGAUGAGGAAAACAUGAUCACAAAGUCCAACCAGAAGCGAAAGAUUACCCGACUGCAAGACACGCUGAACAACCUCCAUGUCAGGGGGAUGAGGCAGGAGAAACAAUACAGUUUGGAGAACGAACAGCUUUCCGAAGACUACAAGCGGAGAAUGGAAAACUUCAAAGAUUUACAGAUGAAAUCCAAACUUUUCAUUGAAGCGGAGCAUCGAAACUUUCGAGAUAUUUGGAUUAUGAACGAGGAGAAUCUGAAGAAGCUCACCAAUCGUUUGCUGGAGGCUAAUCGCGUGAUAAACGAACAACAGCUUGGUUUGCCGUGGACAAGACCUGACAUGACCUUCAUGUGUAAUGUUGGACCGUUGACGGGACCGAUAGAACAAAUCACCUGCCGCCCACCAGCUGUCAUUGCCAUGCAAUAUGCUUUCCAGUCUCAAAAAACACAUGCCAUGGUAAAGGCUGAAGCAAAUAAGAUUCCAGAGUCUCUUCGUGACGUUUCUCCGGAAGUCGUGCGUGAUUUUCUCAAUCUACUCUGCUACGAACCGGAGUUUCUGAUUGAGGAAAAACUCAAGCGUUUGCUGAAGCCCUUAACUCAUGAAGAAGAAACGCUUAUGAGGUUGGAUACAAUUCUAACUGCUCUUGGUGUGACCAACGAAGAGGAGCUGAAUUACCUAUUCACUCAUUUUAUCAUACAACCGACACACACACAUUUUUUGGACAAACAAACCCGAUCAGCAAAGGUGAUUCGGCUGAUACAACCACAAACUGAGGCGGUGAUAGACAGUCUCGAAACCGAAACACAACCUACUGGUUCAACUCAGAAUGUGGAUGAAUCAGUACAAAAAUCGGACGAAGAAAACUUUGUGACGGCCACAUCGGCCGAUGCUGCGAUCGCCAUUGAUUGUCCUCCAAUCAACGAUGUGGAAGAUGGUCUCAGCAAUCACAUCAAUCAGCAUGUGUCAGUACAAACUGGCAGGACUAGUGAUAUACUGGCAGAUUUUUCCGAAUCAAAGCAGCCCAUGUCGAUUUGGACCACCUCACAGGAUAUGCUUCAAAAAGAUCCAGAAGAGAAACAUACAAACACCAGCGAAGUAACUGACGGUACCGUGUUCCAUGCGGAUGACGAAAAGGAUGAGCAGAGACCGUGGGAACUAGUUUCACCGGUGAAUGUGGUGAAGGUGUUACACCAGUUCACCACAAACAUGAAACGCAGAGAAAAGCGGUGUGGCGGUGCUGCAUCACCGAAAAGUCACCCAACCGAUGUGGAAAAUGAUUUUAGAGGGAAAUCACACCAAUCGGACAAGCAUGAAGGAAAUUCAGGAAAAGAGACGUUGGUGUCAAAAGUUGUCUCCACUGGAGUGGAAACGGAUAAGAGGGAUGACUCGUAUGAUGCUGAAUACUGGAACAAAUACGCAUCCACGGUGGUAACCGCAGAGACAGAAAAAGUUUGGGACAACUUGCACAUAGCACUGGAACACUACUUACAAAUAUUGAAACACAGAGCCAAACUGAUUCACGAAUCCGAGGGCCUGCGCCGACAAAAUGGAGAACUGCGCCAUCUGCUGCAGCAAUACCUAAAUGCACCCGUCAACUAUGAACUUCAAAUACCACCAGCAAAGACUCUCCAUUUUGCAUGAAAAUUACGAACCUCACACAUGGAAGAACGAUUGGAUCCAGUCGUCCGCACUGUAAUGGAGUACAUCCGUUUGCCUGGAUUAUACUGUGUUAGGCACUGAAGUGUAUCGCUUCUUUUCACUGUACGAAAACAGAUCUGCCCGUUGUUUUCAUUUCACCGUUUCCAAGAUGAACCAUGCAGAGUAAUUCCUUCCCAAUUGUCCCAUAGGACAAAUUGUUACUUCUACAACUUACCUCCCAGAAAACGAUUUCUCAUCGAGUCAGUGUCAGUGCUGAAUAACCGACUCCUCC